AUGGCAGCAGCUCGUGCUAUGUUGGAUGACAUUCACGAAGCCCUGCCCACGCAUUCAGAUGACAACAACACCUACGUACUGGGAAACAUUAAGGAACACAAUAUUGUUAUUGCAUGUUUGCCAGAAGCCCAAUAUGGAACAAAUAGUGCAGCAAAUAUGGUUGGGAUUGGUGGUGGUGUGCCGAACAAGGCGGAUGUGCGUUUGGGCGACAUUGUUGUUGGAACAAGGGUGACGCAGUAUGAUCUUGGGAAAACAGUCGGAGUCGGAAUGCUUGAGCGAAGAGGAGUCCCUCGAUUCCCCCACCAGUUGCUUGGAACAGCUGUAUCCACCCUCCGUUCGAUACAUGAGCUGCAGCCCAGUCGAGUCCCAUCCAUCCUACAGCAGAAGCUGGGAGAACGCACUGAGUACAGUCGACCGAGCUUACUAGAUCGUCUCUUCGAAGCAACAUAUAAUCAUAAGGCUCCAAUGGCUAGCUGUGAUAAAUGCGACCAGUCGAAACUGGUACAACAGCGCAGACGGAUAUCAAACGACACGGUGAUUCAUUAUGGUGCGAUCGCCUCUGGAAACCAGGUUAUGAAAUGCGGCAUUACCCGUGACAAUGUCGCUCAGGAACUGGAUGUUAUAUGUUUCGAGAUGGAGACUGCAGGUCUAAUGGAUAUUCUCCCUUGUCUCCCAAUUCGGGGAAUCUGUGACUACUCGGAUUCCCACAAGUCUAAGGAAUGGCAGAGGUAUGCCGCAGCAACGGCCGCAGUAUACGCGAGGGAAUUGCUCGAGGAGCUUCCUGUAGCCGAAGCGCAUUUAAGAGUUGCACGCAUGCCCAGUUCUUAUCAAUGCUCACAUGAACACCGGCAGCGCUUGCUGGAUUCCCUCAGGUUUGAGCAAAUCGAUUCUCGUAAAUCGACCAUCAAAACUGCCCACAGCAAAACAUGUAGAUGGCUUAUCAGUCAUCCGUCCUACCAAGCAUGGCUUGAUCCUGGAGAAAUAACGCAACAUCAUGAGUUUUGUGGAUCAGUGGCAAGCCCGGAGCUGGCAAAUCGACAAUUAUGA